AUGGGCAGCAUACGUGGUUUCUCGCUCAAGCACCGCGUCGCCACAAGUUUCCGGCGUGUUUUCCGGUGGAAGCGCUUAGCCGGUAGGUAUCGGAGUGUGGAACCGCUAAGCUGGACGGAGCGGGUGAAGACGAAAGCGAAGGCGGUAUUAGGUAGGAAUAUGGAUCCGGGUGGGGGAUACUUCCGGGUUGGUAAAGAAGAAUGGGCGAGCGAAAUACCGAAAGGGCAUAUGGCGAUUUACGUGGGGGAAAAGGAUGGAGAUAUGGAAAGGAUUUUGGUGCCUAUUGUUUAUAUAAACCAUCCAUUAUUUAGGGAUUUGCUCAAGGAGUCCGAAAGGGAAUUCGGGUAUAAGCAUCCGGGUGGGCUAACCAUACCUUGUCGGAUCUCGGAGUUUGAGAGUGUUCAGACCCGGAUCAAGGCGGGUCAGUGUACCCGGAAGUUGCUGUCGUGGAAGAAAAUGUGGUUUUGA